AUGUUAAAUAUCCAUAGAAUUACAAACAGAUAUUUAACUAGCUAUUAUCAAACUGUUAGAUGUCAAUCAUUUUAUACUUCAACAUCAAUCAAUCAUUCAGAUACUAUCAAUAACAACCACAACAACAACAGUAAUCACAACAAAAUAAAUGAUAACUAUAGUAGCAGUCAUAACAACAGCAGUCAUCAAUUGAAUAAUAAAUUAAUAACAACACCUAUAUUCUAUGUUAAUGGUACACCACACAUAGGUCAUCUCUAUACAUCGGUAUUGGGUGAUGCCAUAGCUAGAUGGAACAGAUUCUGCAAUGAUAAAGUACUCUACAUGACCGGUACCGAUGAACACGGUCAAAAAGUACAAGAUGCUGCAAAGAAAGCUCAAAAAGAUAAUAUUGUUUAUUGUGAUGAAAUAUCUGGUGUUUUUAGGAAAUCAUUUGAUCAAUUCGGUAUAUCAUAUGACGAUUAUAUUAGAACGACAGAACAACGACACAAGAAUGUAGUUCAUGAUAUGUGGAAUAAAUUAGAUGGAAAUGGUCUGAUAUAUAAAGGUAGCUAUGAAGGUUGGUAUUGUGUAUCGGAUGAAGCGUUUUUGACCAAUGAUCAAGUACAAGAUGGAAUGUCACCGGUUACACCACAGAACCCUGUAUCAAAGCCAUGCAAACUCAGUAUAGAAUCGGGUAAUCCUUGUGAAUGGGUCAGUGAAAGUAACUAUAUGUUCAAAUUGACAGACUUUUUGAAACCGAUAGACAAUUGGCUAUCGAAAAAUCCUUUAUAUCCAGAGAGUUGGAAUCUACAGGCACGCUCUUACCUUCCACACUUGAAAGAUCUUUCGGUUUCACGUCCAUCUUCAAGAUUACCUUGGGGAAUAAGAGUACCCAACGACGAAUCACAGUCGAUCUAUGUAUGGCUAGACGCUCUCACUAACUAUCUGACGGUUGCAGGUGGUUUCAAAGCUCGUUCUGCUGACGGUACCGACAUUGCUUGGAAUCACACCGAUGUUACACACGUCAUCGGUAAAGAUAUCUUAAAGUUUCAUUCGAUCUACUGGCCAGCAUUCCUUCUCGGUACAGGUCUGAAGCUGCCACACAGCAUAGUUACACAUGCACAUUGGACAGUGGAGCGAGUCAAGAUGUCAAAGAGUAGAGGUAAUGUGAUCAGCCCGUUCGACAUCGCCGAGAAAUACGGUAUCGAAGGUGUUCGUUAUUUCCUGCUGAAAGGUGGUGGACUGGAGAACGACGGUGAUUGGUCGGAUCUCGAAGUGAGAUCGCGUAUCACUGCAGACCUCGCGGAUACUUUCGGUAACUUGGUGACACGUUGUACAGCCAAAGCACUACAUCCGAGCAGAGCAUGGCCAACUUGCUUGUCACAGACAUUCGCUGCCACAGCACAGGAACCAAACUCUUUGAGAAUCAUCGAACAAAUGCAGCAGCUCGUAAGUCUUGUGAAUCAACAUUACAAAUGCGGUGAUAUCAAGUCUGGUAUCUAUGAGGUCAUUAACUUUACCUAUGCAACCAACAACUUUGUGGAGCAAACAAAACCAUGGACACUCGUACCAAAACCAGGCAAACAAGCAGGUGACCUAAUGCGACUCAACGAUAUAAUGUAUAUACUAUUGGAAUGUAUUAGAACGAUUGCACUACUUCUCAGCCCAGUCAUACCAGAAUCUUCAAAGAAAACACUUGAUCAUAUAGGUGUAGAUGAAACUCAUCGUAAUAUCAAUCAUAUUCAAUUUGGAUAUGACUAUCCACAGACUUUAGUUCCAAUGAACCCAUUGAUUCUUUUCAAAAAAGAAUAA